AUGGAGGGCCACGGGCCCGGGGCAGAGCAUCCCUUUGCGGGAGGGAUGCCCCCAGUGGAUGAGGCGAUGCUGGAGGACAAGGCUCGCAAGUGGCAGCAGCUGAAUAGCAAGCGCUACUCCGACAAGCGCAAGUUCGGAUAUGUCCAGGCCCAGAAAGAGGACAUGCCUCCAGAGCACGUGCGCAAGAUCAUCCGCGACCACGGCGACAUGUCGUCGCGCAAGUUCAGGCACGACAAGCGCGUCUACCUGGGCGCCCUCAAGUUUGUGCCACACGCGGUGUACAAGCUGCUGGAGAACAUGCCCAUGCCCUGGGAGCAGGUUCGGCAUGUCAAGGUGCUCUACCACGUCACCGGGGCCAUCACCUUUGUGAACGAGGUGCCCUGGGUGAUCGAGCCUGUCUACCUGGCGCAGUGGGGGACCAUGUGGAUCAUGAUGCGGCGCGAGAAGCGCGACCGGCGCCACUUCAAGCGCAUGCGCUUUCCGCCCUUUGAUGACGAGGAGCCGCCGCUGGACUACGCGGACAACAUCCUGGAUGUGGACCCACUGGAGGCCAUUGAGCUGGAGCUGGACGAGGCGGAGGACGGCGCAGUGGCGCGCUGGCUGUACGACUCGCGCCCGCUGCAGCACACCCGCGCGGUGAACGGCUCCUCCUACCGCCGCUGGAAGCUGCCGCUGCCGGUGAUGGCCAACCUGUAUCGCCUGGCGGGGCAGCUGCUGUCCGACCUGGUGGACGCCAAUUACUUCUACCUCUUCGACCUCAACUCCUUCAUCACCGCCAAGUCGCUCAACAUGGCCAUCCCGGGGGGGCCAAAGUUCGAGCCACUGCACCGCGACUCCGACGCGCGGGACGAGGACUGGAACGAGUUCAACGACAUCAACAAGCUCAUCAUCCGCACGCCCAUCCGCACCGAGUACAAGGUGGCCUUCCCCUACCUGUACAACAACCGGCCGCGCGGGGUACGACUCAGCGCCUACCACCACCCCAUGGUCAUGUACAUCAAGGCGGAGGACCCAGACCUGCCCGCCUUCUACUACGACCCCCUCAUCCACCCCAUCGCCGGCUACAAGUCGGGCGCUGGUGUCGCGCUGGAGGACGACUACGGCGAGGAGGACGAGGCCUGGGUGCUGCCGGAGGGCGGCGCGCCGCUGCUGGCGGACACCCCGCUCUCCAGCGACACCACCACCGCCGGCAUCUCCCUGCUCUGGGCGCCGCGCCCCUUCAACCUGCGGUCUGGGCGCACACGCCGCGCCUGCGACGUCCCCCUCGUCGCCGGCUGGUUCUUCGAGCACUGCCCCGGCAACUACCCGGUCAAGGUGCGCGUGUCCUACCAGAAGCUGCUGAAGAACUACGUGCUGAACAAGCUGCACGCGCGGCCACCCAAGAACAUGAAGAAGCGGUCGCUAUUCAAGUCGCUUGCGGCCACCAAGUUCUUCCAGUCCACCGAGUUGGACUGGGUGGAGGCGGGGCUCCAGGUCUGCCGCCAGGGCUACAACAUGCUCAACCUGCUCAUCCAUCGCAAGCACCUGGCGUACCUGCACCUGGACUACAACUUCAACCUGAAGCCGGUGAAGACGCUGACCACCAAGGAGCGCAAGAAGUCGCGCUUCGGCAACGCCUUUCACCUGUGCCGCGAGAUCCUGCGCCUGACCAAGCUGGUGGUGGACGCCAACGUCCAGUUCCGGCUGGGCAACGUCGACGCCUUCCAGCUGGCCGAUGGGCUGCAGUACACCUUCUCCCAUGUGGGCCAGCUGACGGGCAUGUACCGCUACAAGUACAAGCUCAUGCGCCAGGUGCGCAUGUGCAAGGACCUGAAGCACCUCAUCUACUACCGCUUCAACUGCUUCCCCACCGACCACCAAGUCCUGACCGAGCACGGCUUCCUGUCGCUGGACGAUGUCCAGCGCCACUUCCGGAGCAAUGCCACCCUGCGUGUCGCCUGCUUCGUGGACGGCGCGCUGGAGUACCAUGCCAUCAACUCGGGCGAUGUCACCGUGGCCGAGGGCAGGCACCGCCUGAUCGCGAUGCAGGGCGGCGACGCGACGGCCCGCGGCGUCUCGCUCACGCCCACCGACAACCACCGUAUGUACGUGCGCACGGACGGCGGUGAGGCGGGCGGCGAGCCAGGCGGCUUCCGCAUCGCCACGGCUGACGAGGUGCAUGGGCUUGGGGAGCGCGACAACCAGGCGCGUGUGACCUUCCAGGCGAGCUGCGCGCUCGGCGCGCGCCCCGACGUGGGGGCGCCGCCCUGCCUGGGGGCCCUGGGGCUGCAGGUGGGGGAGGAGCUGGACGCCUUCCUGCGCAUCUACGGCCUCUGGCUGGGCGCCGGCGCCCUGGACCCGGCCGCCCAGGCCGUGGUGCUGGAGGUCGAGUCGGGUGCCGCCCAGGAGGUGGCGGAGGGCGCGCUGGGCGCUCUGCGCCGCGUACUGCCGGCCGGCGACGAGGCCGGCGCCUGCACGGCGGCUGAGGGCGGCAAGAGGCGCUACGCCAUCCUGGCGCCCGCCUGGUGGGCCUACUUCUCCGAGGAGUGCCUGCCUGCCAAGCAGGGCCGGGCAGUCGGCGGUGCUGUGUCGGGUGCGGAUGGCAAGCCUGCGUCCAUGAUCAUAACCCCUAAGGCCCUGUGGCCCUGGGUGCUGCGCUGCCUGGACCUGGGCCGCGCGCGGGAGGUCCUGCGCGGCCUCUGCGCCGUGGCCGGCGCGAUGGGGCCCCUUUCGAACGGCGGGCAUGUCGUGGUCGCCAGCCCGGGCCUCCGCGACGAGUUGGUGCGCCUGUGCCUGCACGCCGGCUUCACCGCGCACUUUGAGGCGGCCGGCGGCGCGGGCGGGUACCGCCUGGAGUUUGGCGCGGCGGCGCAGGCGCAGCCCUCGCUGCGCGUGGCGUCGGACUGCGAGGCGCGCCCCUACGAGGGCACUGUCUGGUGCGUCACCGUGCCCACCGCGCAGCAGCUCAUCGUCGUGCGCCGCGUGCUGGCGGGAGGCGUGGAGAGCAGCAGCGCCGGAGGUGCCGGCGCCUCGACCGCCGUCACGGCGGCAUCGCGCCCCGUGGUCGUGGGCAACACCGGCCCGGUGGGCAAGGGCCCCGGCGUGGGCUUCUGGGCGCCCACCUGGCGCGUCUGGCUCUUCUUCCUGCGCGGCAUCGUGCCGCUGCUGGAGCGCUGGCUGGGCAACCUGCUGGCGCGCCAGUUCGAGGGCCGGCAGUCCAAGGGCGUGGCCAAGACGGUGACCAAGCAGCGCAUUGAGAGCCACUUCGACCUGGAGCUGCGCGCCGCGGUCAUGCACGACAUCCUGGACAUGAUGCCGGAGGGGGUGAAGCAGAACAAGGCCAAGACCAUUCUGCAGCACCUGAGCGAGGCGUGGCGAUGCUUCGCGCCGGACACUCCCGUGCGCAUGGCCGACGGCCGCGUGAAGCCGGCGGCGGAGGUCAGGGUCGGCGACCGCGUGCUGGGCGCGGGCGGCGAGGCGCUGGCUGUCCGGCGCACCAUACGCGGCCGCGACGCCAUGUUCGCCGUGGGCGUGCUGCCAGGGAAUGCGCGCGAGGCCAAGGCGCUUGCUGGUGAGGGGUGGGCGCUGCUAGACCGCGGCUUCGUCUGCAAUUCGCGCCACGACCUGGUGCUGACCUGGGCUGCCGCGCCGCGCGUGGUGUGCGGCGGCGACCGCGGGUCUGCCUGGGCCGUGGAGCACGCCGAGGUGCGGGAGUACACCGGCCCGGCAUGCGGCGUGGAGCGCAGCCUGCAGGCGACGCGGACCGAGUUUGCGAGCGCGGACGAGGCGCGCGCGCACGCAGCCGCACUGGCUGCGGCCUCACCCCUGCUCUGGACGGUGCCCGCCGCGGCGUACGCGGCGUGGGCGGCCUGCCACCCGGGCGACGCCGCGUGCGUGCGCAUGCUGCGUGUGGGGUGCGACCAGCUCCCUGUCCCUCCGGCGGUCAACAUGGCGUGCGCACUGCGCGACGCCGGACUCUUCGGCGCCGCGCCCGAGGAUGCCGCCUACCUGGCCGGCUGCCUGGCGGGUGCAGGGCUGGAGGAGCCACUGGCGUUUGCCGCGGUUGGCGAGGCGGGGGCGGUGGUGUGCGACCACGUGUCGCGCCUGGCCGAGCGUCUGGGUGCCAUGCUGGAGCGCGAUGCGCGCGGAUACCCGCUCUGGCGGCUCGUAUCCCGCGACGGCGCCUUGGAGUGCGCUCUUGGCGAGCUCACCGGACCCAGCCUGGCGCGUAACCUGCUCACGCAGGCGCCGGCCUUGCGCCGCGCCGCGCUGGCAGGCCUGCUGGACGGCGACGCAGCGGCGCACGGCGGCGCCGACGCUGCUGCGCAAGCGCUGGGCCUUGCCGGGGUCUCCUGCCGCCGCCGCCAUGAGGCGGGGCUCCUGCUGGCGCAGGACCUGGCGCGCAGCCUGGGCCUGGCCUGCGACCUGUACCGCCGUGCGGGCCCGGCCGGCGACGCCUCGCCGACCACGGUCGUCGCGCCGGGCAGCGAGGGCGGGCUUCGACUAUGCAUGUCCGGCCCGGGGCUGGAGCUGCUGCCGCGCAAGGUCGCAGAUGCUGUGGCAGCUCUGGGCGCCGACGCAGCCGACGCCCGGCUGGUGCGCUUCACCAUCGCGCGCGUGGAUGAGGACGGUGAGUACGUCGGAUUUGAGCUGGAGGGCUCGCCCCUCUUCCUCCUGGACACCUGGAUCGUGGCGCACAACUGCUGGAAGGCCAACAUCCCCUGGAAGGUCCCCGGCCUGCCCGCGCCGAUCGAAAACAUGAUCCUGCGCUACGUGAAGAUGAAGGCGGACUGGUGGACCAACGUGGCGCACUACAACCGCGAGCGCAUCCGCCGCGGCGCCACGGUGGACAAGACGGUUUGUCGCAAGAACCUGGGCCGCCUGACGCGCCUGUACCUCAAGGCGGAGCAGGAGCGGCAGCACAACUACCUCAAAGACGGCCCCUACGUGUCGCCCGAGGAGGCGGUGGCCAUCUACACCACCACCGUACACUGGCUGGAGAGUCGGCGCUUUGCGCCCAUCCCCUUUCCCCCGCUCUCCUACAAGCACGACACCAAGCUCCUCAUCCUGGCCCUGGAGCGGCUGAAGGAGCAGUACACGGUGGCCACGCGCCUGAACCAGCUGCAGCGCGAAGAGCUGGGCCUGGUUGAGCAGGCCUACGACAACCCGCACGAGGCGCUGUCGCGCAUCAAGCGCCACCUGCUCACCCAGCGCGCCUUCAAGGAGGUGGCCAUCGAGUUCUUUGACCUCUACUCCCACCUCAUCCCCUGCUAUGAGAUCGAGCCCCUGGAGAAGAUCACCGACGCCUAUCUAGACCAGUACUUGUGGUAUGAGUCGGACAAGCGGCACCUGUUCCCCAACUGGGUCAAGCCCGGGGACAGCGAGCCCCCGCCCCUGCUGGUGUACAAGUGGUGCCAGGGCAUCAACAACCUGGCUGACGUGUGGGAGACAGAGAACGGCGAGUGCGUGGUGCUGAUGCAGGCCACGCUGGAGAAGCUGUUCGAGAAGGUGGACCUGACGCUGCUCAACCGCCUGCUGCGCCUGAUCGUGGACCACAACAUCGCGGACUACAUGACGGCCAAGAACAAUGUGGUGAUCGCGUACAAGGAUAUGGCCCACACCAACAGCUACGGCCUGGUGCGAGGACUCCAGUUUGCCUCCUUUGUCAUCCAGUACUACGGCCUGGUGCUGGACCUGUUGCUCCUGGGCCUGACGCGGGCCAGCGAGCUGGCGGGCGCUCCCGCUGCGCCCAAUGAGUUCCUCUCCUUCCGCGACGUGCGCGUGGAGACGCGGCACCCCAUCCGUCUCUACCAGCGCUAUGUGAACAAGGUGCACAUGCUGUUCCGCUUCAGCGCCGACGAGGCGCGCGACCUCAUCCAGCGUUACCUUACCGAGCACCCGGACCCCAACAACGAGAACAUCGUGGGAUACAACAACAAGAAGUGCUGGCCGCGCGACGCGCGCAUGCGCCUGAUGAAGCACGACGUCAACCUGGGACGCGCCGUGUUCUGGGACAUGAAGAAUCGGCUGCCGCGCUCGCUGACCACCUUUGACUGGGACAACGCGUUCGUGUCGGUGUACUCGCGCGACAACCCCAACCUCCUCUUCUCCAUGGCCGGCUUCGAGGUCAGGAUCCUGCCGCGCGUGCGCGCUGCGGCGGAGGGUUUUGCGCACAAGGACGGCGUGUGGGCGUUGCAGAACGAGAUUACCAAGGAGCGCACCGCGCAGGCGUUCCUGCGCGUGGAUGACGAGGGCCUCAAGGCCUUUGAGAACCGCAUCCGCCAGGUGCUCAUGUCCUCCGGCUCCACCACCUUCACCAAGAUCGCCAACAAGUGGAACACGGCGCUGAUCGGGCUGAUGACCUACUACCGCGAGGCCACGGUGCACACCCAGGAGCUGCUGGACCUGCUGGUCAAGUGCGAGAACAAGAUCCAGACGCGCAUCAAGAUCGGGCUCAACUCUAAGAUGCCCUCCCGCUUCCCCCCCGUCGUCUUCUACUCGCCCAAGGAGAUCGGCGGCCUGGGCAUGCUCUCCAUGGGCCACAUCCUCAUCCCACAGUCCGACCUGCGCUACUCCCAGCAGACCGACCUGGGCGUCACCCACUUCAGAGCGGGCAUGAGCCACGAAGAGGACCAGCUCAUCCCCAACCUUUUCCGCUACAUCCAGUCCUGGGAGGCGGAGUUCAUUGACUCUCAGCGCGUGUGGGCUGAGUACGCGCUGAAGCGGCAGGAGGCGCUGGCGCAGAACCGACGCCUCACCCUGGAGGACCUGGAGGACAGCUGGGACCGGGGCAUCCCCCGCAUCAACACCCUGUUCCAGAAGGACCGGCACACGCUGGCCUACGACAAGGGCUGGCGGGUGCGCCAGGACUUCAAGCAGUACCAGACGCCGCGGAUGAACCCCUUCUGGUGGACCCACCAGCGCCACGACGGCAAGCUGUGGAACCUGAACAACUAUCGCACCGAUGUUAUCCAGGCGCUGGGCGGUGUGGAGGGUAUCCUGGAGCACACGCUGUUUAAGGGCACCUACUUCCCCACCUGGGAGGGCCUGUUCUGGGAGAAGGCCAGUGGCUUCGAGGAGAGCAUGAAGUACAAGAAGCUGACCAACGCGCAGCGCUCGGGGCUGAACCAGAUCCCCAACCGCCGCUUCACGCUGUGGUGGAGCCCUACCAUCAACCGUGCCAACGUGUACGUCGGUUUCCAGGUGCAGCUGGACCUGACCGGCAUUUUCAUGCAUGGCAAGAUCCCGACGCUGAAGAUCUCGCUGAUCCAAAUCUUCCGGGCCCACCUGUGGCAGAAGGUGCACGAGUCGCUGGUCAUGGACCUGUGCCAGGUGUUUGACCAGGAACUGGACGCGCUGGAGAUUGAGACGGUGCAGAAGGAGACAAUCCACCCGCGCAAAUCAUACAAGAUGAACUCGUCCUGUGCAGACAUCCUGCUGUUUGCGGCCUACAAAUGGCCGGUGGCCAAGCCCAGCCUGAUGGGGGACACCAACGACGUAUUCGACCAGAAGGCCACCAACAAAUAUUGGGUGGACGUGCAGCUGCGCUGGGGCGAUUACGACUCGCACGACGUGGAGCGGUAUACGCGCGCCAAGUUCCUGGACUACACCACCGACAACAUGAGCAUCUACCCCUCGCCCACGGGGGUGAUGGUGGGCGUGGACCUGGCCUACAACCUGCACUCCGCCUUUGGCAACUGGUUCCCGGGGGCCAAGCCCCUGGUGGUCCAGGCCCUGGCCAAGAUCAUGAAGUCCAACCCGGCCAUGUACGUGCUGCGCGAGCGCGUGCGCAAGGCGCUGCAGCUCUACUCCAGCGAGCCCACCGAGCCAUACCUGAGCAGCCAGAACUAUGGCGAGCUGUUCAGCAACCAGAUCAUCUGGUUCGUGGACGACACCAACGUCUACCGCGUCACCAUCCACAAGACGUUUGAGGGGAACCUGACCACCAAGCCCAUCAACGGCGCCAUCUUCAUCUUCAACCCGCGCACGGGCCAGCUCUUCCUCAAGAUCAUCCACACCUCGGUGUGGGCGGGGCAGAAGCGCCUCAGCCAGCUGGCCAAGUGGAAGACGGCGGAGGAGGUGGCGGCGCUCAUCCGCUCGCUGCCGGUGGAGGAGCAGCCCAAGCGCAUCAUCGUCAGCCGCAAGGGCAUGCUGGACCCGCUGGAGGUCCACCUCCUCGACUUCCCCAACAUUGUCAUCACGGGGUCGGAGCUUCAGCUCCCCUUCCAGGCCGCGCUGAAGAUCGAGAAGUUUGGCGACCUGAUCCUGAAGGCCACGGAGCCGCAGAUGCUGCUGUUCAACCUGUACGACGACUGGCUGCGCACCAUCUCCUCCUACACCGCCUUCUCGCGCCUGGUGCUCAUCCUGCGCGCCCUGCACGUGAACGUGGACAAGUCGCGCAUGGUGCUGAAGCCGGACAAGAGCGUGGUGACGGAGCCACACCACAUCUGGCCCAGCCUGACCGACGAGCAGUGGAUCAAGGUGGAGAUCGCGCUGAAGGACCUCAUCCUAGGCGACUACGCCAAGAAGAACAACGUGAAUGUGGGCGCGCUGACGCAGAGCGAGAUCCGCGACAUCAUCCUGGGCGCGGAGAUCACGCCGCCCUCCGCCCAGCGCCAGCAGAUCGCGGAGAUCGAGAAGCAGGCGCGGGAGGGCGGCGGCGCCACCGCGCUCACCACCAAGACCACCAACGUGCACGGCGACGACCUCAUCGUCACCACCACCAGCCCCUACGAGCAGGCUGCGUUCGGCAGCAAAACCGACUGGCGCGUGCGCGCCAUCUCCGCCGCCAACCUGCACCUGCGUGUGAAUCACAUCUACGUCAACUCGGACGACAUCCGGGACUCGGGCUACACGUACGUCCUGCCCAAGAACCUGCUGAAGAAGUUUGUCUGCGUGGCGGACCUGCGGACGCAGGUGGCGGGGCUUGUGUAUGGCUCCUCCCCGCCGGACAACCCGGCGGUGAAGGAGAUCCGGUGCAUCGUCAUGCCGCCGCAGUGGGGCAGCCACGCAGCGGUCAACCUUCCCGCCGGCCUUCCCGAGCAUGAGAUGCUGUCGGACCUGGAGCCCCUGGGCUGGCUGCACUCUGCGCCCUCCGAGUCGCCCCAGAUGGCGCCAGUGGACGUUGCGGCGCACGCCAAGGCGCUGGAGACGCACAAGUCCUGGGAUGGCGAGCGCUGCAUUGUGGUCACCGCCUCCUUCACCCCCGGCUCCGUCAGCCUGACGGCCUACAAGCUGACGCCCGCGGGGUACGAGUGGGGGCGCACACACCGCGACGCCCUUUCCAACCCAGCCGGGUUCUCGCCAGCGUUCUACGAGAAGGUGCAAGUCCUGCUCUCGGACCGCUUCAUGGGCUUCUACAUGGUGCCCGAUGCGGGAUCCUGGAACUACAACUUCAUGGGAGUCAAGUUCAGCAGCGCGAUGAAGUACGGGUUGAAGCUGGACAACCCCAAGGAGUUCUACGCAGAGGUGCACCGUCCCACGCACUUCCUAGAGUUCUCCGGACUGGAGGACGCAGGCCCUGUUGCGGACGUGGAGAACCCCUUCGCCUGA